AUGGCAGGCGGAGGAGGCGUCUCUCCGUCCUGGCCCGAUCCUGAAUGCGAUGUGCUGAGCCGUAGACUGUACAAUUAUGCCGACGCAGAUUUCAGUGGGGAUGUCAGCAGCGAAGAGAUUUUGACAGUGCUCAGGCGGCUCGGCGAUGAGCUGGGAAUCCCUGAGGAAGAGAUCAAAAAGCUGCCGGUUGUGCCUGCGCCUGCAGAGACUGAAGAGGAGGAGCUCGAGCAACCCGAGCAGCCGGAGCCCGAGCAGCCGGAGCAACAGCGGCGGUGGUCGGAGUCGCUCCAAAAGCUGUGCGCGAAAGAUGGGGUUGGCGCACCGAAGUUCAAGGAGACAGUUCGGCAUCUCCUUCGGGGGCCUCCUCCUGGCAAGCCUCGUAUCGUUCUUGGGCCCGUGAUUGGGAAGGUGACUGAGUCCUCGGCUCGAAUCCUCGUCGAGGCGAGCCACGACAUCGAGGAGUUCAGUUGUACUUGCACGGCAGCGGGCUCGAGCAGCCCAUCUGUCAGCACGAAGACCGCGCUGAAAGAACGCCGACCCACAGUCUUGAAGAUGGACGGCUUGGCCCCAUCGACGCUCUACACCGUGGAGGUGCUCGGCGCCAAACUCCUGGUCGACCGAUGCAGCUUCCGCACGCUGCCGGCUGGUGGUUUCAGGUUGGGAGAGGCCGGAGGAGGUCGUUCACCUUGCUUCGCUGUCGCCAGCUGCAACUGUGUCUACGAGACCAGAAAGCGAGGUGCCUCGGGACAAGACCUCUGGGCAGACCUGAAGGAGCGGCUCGAAUCGGGCGUCCCCGUGGACUACAUGCUUCAUCUAGGUGACAAUGUAUACAUGGACAGCGACUGGCAUCUCAUCGAGUCGGGUAGCAUGGAACUUGAGGAAACUGAGGACGACUGCAAGUGGGGAGUUGCUCGGGACUGGCUCCUGAAGCUGAACGACACGUCAAAGUGGAGCCAGCACGAACAGGAGAUCGAGGAGCACUUCCGGAACGUUUACCGCGAGACUUGGGGUCAUCCCCCCACGCGGUGGGUUUUGGCCAACGUGCCGAACCUGAUGAUUCUUGAUGAUCACGAUAUCCGUGAUGAUUGGGGAGACCGGCCCGAGGACAAGCAAAGCGAGUCCGUUGACAGGUUUUUGGGUGAAAUCGCCUACCGCGUCUUCAACUCCUACCAGCGCCUUCUGUACGAGGAUCCUGUGCAGCUGCCAGACGGAACGAGCCGCAAACCAGAAUUCGAUUAUCACAUGCACGUAUUCGGAGAUGUGGGCUUGCUUUUCGUGGACGUCCGUGCCUGCAAAACUUUCCACUGGAAAGAGGCGGAGGACGUUUGCGCACCUAUGCUGGGCCAAGCCCAGUGGGCAGCCAUCGAAGAAGCUUUGGCGCCAGGCGGUACACUGGCGGCCUGCAAGGCGCUCCUGGCACUAGUUCCGGAGCCUCUCGGCUACGUAAGCCGAGCAUUCACCCAGAUCAUGGGCAACACGGUUUGCGACGACUUGCUGGGCCAGUGGUCAGCGGAAGCUCACAGGGCGGAGGUACCCCGCUUCCUGAAGAUGCUGAAGGCCUGGCGAGACAAAGAAAGCUCGCCACCAUGCAAACGAGAGGUGUUGAUCGUCGCUGGCGAUGUGCAUGAAGGUGGUUGGACGGAUCUGAUUCUUCACGACGUGGAAGAAGGGCAAGGGGAACGACGCAUUCGCCAGCUGACAACCUCAGCCAUUGCCAACAAGCAGACGCGGCCGCAUCAGGCUUUAGCAGUGGCGCUGACCCGUGGUUUCCUGUCGUCCUUGGAUGUCUCCGAGACGGGUUCUGGCUGGGCCAGCCGCCACUACGAUUGGACCAACCUGAACAACUACGCCUUUGUCAGCCCGAGCAUUGCCGUGGCAGGGACGCUGAAGGUGAAGGUCCUCAAAGCUCAUGGCUUGAAGAACCAGGAUAUGUUGUCCUGGCUGGACCCCUACGUCACCUUGACCGUGGGCUCGCAAACCUUCCAGACAGAGUCGGACUGUGCUGAUGAGCGAGAUCGAAGCAGCCCGGAAUGGAACUCCGAGGACUUCCUGUUCACUGUGGGGCCCAGCGACUACUACUGCAAGUUGCAAGUCUGCGAUGAGGACAGCUUGAUGGGUCAAGACCUGGGGUCUGUGAAGCUGGCAAUUCACGAGCUGGGCACCUGCACGCAGACCUUGGUCGAAACUUGGUUGAUGAACGUCUUCGCUCUUGCCUGUGCAUGCGCAUGCAGCCUUGCCGCGCUUCUGUCACUUGGGCUCUCCGUGUUGAGGUUUGCCAGACCGGGCAAGUAUUGGCGAUUCGACUCCGCCCACACCACUUUCUGGGAAAAGCUGAGACCCAGCCACCUCAACAAGCCCGACGCGGUCAAAUCCGUGCAUCUUCGAGCUACUCCAUCCGGCCAGCCGAAAAGAAAGGGCCAGAAACCGAAAUGGAAGCGGCCAGUCAAGGAUCCAGCGUACGACAACGACGUGGGCCAGAUUAGCAGAACAUACAAAUUGAUCUUCGUCCAUGUGCCCAAGACCGGUGGGAGCACAAUCGAGCAGUCGAAGUUGUUCUAUGAUGCUAAGAAGCAUCAUCCCAUCGGCGGUCACACCACGGCUGAAAAACUGCUGCCUGAUGCAUUGGAUGUGCGGAACCUGGCGCCGGGCUUUCGCAGCUUUUCGAUGGUUCGACAUCCCUGCGAGCGGUUCAUCUCUGCGUUUACCUACACUCUCACGUCGGCCCCCGAGCCCGAGCUGCGCUGGCACCACAAGAAUAUCGGCAACAGGAAUUUAACCGCCUAUGUGGCUUCGAGUGACUUCGGUGGUGAUGUGCUCUGGAGCUUUCUGCAUUUUCUGCCCCAGCACUAUUUUCUUUUCUUUGCCAACAAGACUUUCGGCGUGGAUCUCCUGCUAUGCCAAGACAACUGGACGAACAGCAUCCAGAGAUUGCGCGAGUACAUGAAGCCUACAGAGAUGCCUCCGUUUAGACACGCCCACGCACGCAGCACAACACAUUCCAAAUGCUCCGACUUUCCAAAGGAGACACGUCAAAGAAUCGAGAAAGCUUACGCAAUGGACAUGUGCCUGUUUUAUCCGACUGACGCUCCGACGGCGUGCAGCGGCUUGUCUGCGAACGAACUGACUUCACGCUACCAGACGUGCAAGUCACGUGUCGGACAAAAGGCGUUAGUCGCCGAGGUGCGCGAGGAAGGCGUUCAUGCAGAGGACAAGCCCUCUGGGUAUCCCGCCAGCAAUGUGGCAGCGCCGCCACAGGCAAUCUUCACCGCACAGCUGGUGACUGCACAACAAGGGUAUGAUGUGGCCAAGACGAAGACGCGCUCCACCAGCGACCCCGUGUUCACCACCGGCAAGAACUUCCAAAAUCAAACGAUGGAGUUCGUGGGCCACAGUUUCCUGGCUGUGUCGGAGGCUGUCCAAAAAUGUCGCUGCAUUUGCCGCAAAUGA